UAUUAUAUUUGAAACCGUUAGUCGUGUUUUAGAAGUCGUUCUUUCGUCUUGUACAAUUAGUCCAUCAAACAUCGGUAAUAAUGGUGUUGAAUUUUAACGUUUUCAAAAAAUCCUCGCCUGAUGGCAAAAUAAUUCUAUACUUGAGCAAGCGUAACAUCGUUGACCAUAUAACAUUCAUCGACCCCGUCGAUGGCGUCGUCAUGUUGGACAAUUCUUAUUUGAAAAGUGGCAAAAUCUUCGGUCAAAUAGUGUGCAGCUUUCGGUACGGUCGAAAGGAGGAUGAAGUGAUGGGAUUGUGUUUUCAGAAAGACAUGUACUUGGCAUCGGCACAAAUAUAUCCUCCUCUUGAUGACAACCCAGUCAAGUUGACUAAAGUUCAGGAUUGUUUAGUGUCUAAAUUAGGGAGUAACGCCACGCCAUUCCGUUUUAAGAUUCCUGAGAACGCACCGGCAUCGGUAAUUUUGCAAGACGGGACAUCGAAUUUAGCCGAUGCAUGUGGUGUCCAGUACUACGUGAAAAUAUUCGCCGGAGAAUCUGAAACCGACCAUAACCGUGCAAAGAGUUUCGUGGCGAUGCGCAUCCGCAAAAUCCAGUUUGCUCCGGUCAUGCGUCCCUUGAGUAGACAUCCUUGCACCAUCGUCCGCAAAGACUUCAUGUUCAGUCCCGGCCAACUGGAAUUGGAGGCUGUACUCGACAAACAGGUUUACACACAUGGUGAAAACGUCCAAGUAACGUUAUGUAUACGAAACAGCAGCAACAAAAUGGUGAAAAAAAUCAAAGUGCUUAUGCAACAGAUCGUGGACAUAGUCAUAUUCCAAAACGGACAGUGCAGGACUACUAUAGCUGCCGUCGAAACUCAGGAGGGAUGUCCGAUAUUGCCGGGUUCGUCCAUGCAAAAGACUAUAGCCAUGUUGCCGACCUUGGAGCACGUCAAGGGGAGGUACGGCGUUGCUCUAGAGGAUCAGAUCAGCGAGAAUCAAGAACAUUCGUUGGCUUCGUCCGUCUUAAUAUCGAGUUCUGACAUCAAAGACGUGUUCGGUAUUAUCGUAUCAUAUUCGGUCAAGGUCAAGCUGUACUUGGGCGCACUGGGUGGCGAGCUAACCGCUGAACUGCCGUUCCUCGUCAUGCACUCAAAACCGGAAAAGAAAACGUCACAUACAUCGUCAUGAUCUAAUUACCACUAUGUUCACACGUGGUUAUGCUUAGAUGACUUAUAGGUAUUCUCGUAGUUGUUUGCAUUUUAGGGGCGUCAUUCGCAGAGUGAGUCGGAGGCACCACACAUUUCAAAAAGUUCUUCGACAAAUCAACCAAAUACGUACCUAAAUAAUGGUCUGACGAUUUAAAACUUACAUUAUAAUAUACAAUGUUCAUUAAAAAAAAAAUUUAAUUACUAAACGCUACCUAUUGUCAAAUCUAUCGUAUUAUUAUUUAUUUAGCAUAAAUAUUCAAAAAUCAAUUUUUGUUUUUUUCAUCAAGACACGCUAGAAAGUAGAAAGAAGCGCCGCUAUUGUGUACGAGAAAAAAUAUAAUUAAUAAUAGUAACGGCUUUUCUAGUCAUUCUAGACACGACCAGUGAUUAUAUGUUAUAAGAGAAAAGGAAAUAAUUUAUAUUUUUAAAAAUGUCCUGGUCGGAUAUGAAAAUCGGUCUACUUAAAACCUGGAGCCCAACUGGAAUGACGCCCUUGUUUAUAUUAUUACUUUAUAUAGAUAAUUAUUCUUACUUGUAUUUUUUAUUUGUUUAUAUUAUUAUCACAUAUUUUAUUCUCAUAUACACUUCAAAUACUUAAUAUUAUAUUAUCUUUAUUUACCUAAUAAUUAUAAUUUAUAACUACUGAAUAUAUACAUUAUACAUAAUAGUUAAUAAAUAGUAUGUU